UAGAAGACAAUGUAAGUAUGAGGCUCUCUGAAUUACCGCUUCUAAACUAGUUACGUUUCCUGGAUUAUUAGAGACACAAUGUUGACAGAACGACCUUCAGAUGACCGCCAACGAGUCAUCAUCGUCGGUGCCGGACUGGGUGGCCUAGCAUGUGCGAUGGCAAUGCACCACCAGGGACUCGAGGUUCUGAUAUUCGAAAAGGUACGCGAAUUCUUCCGGUUAGGUGACAGUUUGGGACUUGGUGAAAAUGCUCUCAAAUUGUUGGAGAGAUGGGGAUUGCGGGAGCAGCUCGUCGCCAUUGGAAAUAAGAAUCCGAACAUGAAUAUCCGCAGGUGGAACGAUGGGAAAAUCCUGGUGACACAGCCGUUAAUGGACAUGGCAGGAUAUAUCGGACAUCGCGGCGACUACCAUGUCUGCUUCAUCGACCGCGUGGAAGAAUUGGGAAUGACCAUCAACAUGGGACAUGAAGUCAUCUCUUACGAUGAAGAUGCUCCUAGUAUCACACUCAAAGAUGGACGGACUUUCUAUGCUGAUCUUAUUGUCGGUGCGGAUGGGAUCAAGUCUCGGGCAAGGGAGCUUGUUCUUGGCUUCAGUGAUGCUCCAAAGAGUUCCGGUUAUGCUUGCUAUCGGGCCUUCUUGAAGGGUGAUAUCUUGAAAGAUGUUCCAGAAUGCCAACCCAUCCUGAACCGUGACUGCGUCAAUAUCUGGAUUGGAGAAGACAUGCACUUGGUGCAGAAUACACUGAGAGACGGUGGGGAGUUCAACUGGAUUAUAACUCAUAAGGACACUGAAGACAUCAAGGAAAGCUGGUUCCAGCCUGGGAACAUGAAUGAUGUCCGAAGCCUGGUCAAGGAUUGGGACCCUACAAUCACGUCCGCUAUUAAUGUUACCCCCAGUUGCCUCGACUGGAAGAUUUGUUAUCGUGCUCCUCUCCCGACAUGGGUUAGCAAGAGCGGGAAGAUCGCACUGUUAGGUGAUAGUUGUCAUCCUCACCUUCCAACUAGUGCUCAGGGUGCAUCUCAGGCGACCGAGAGUGGUGCUGUUCUAGCAUUGUGUUUGACACUAGCAGGGAAAGGAAACGUGCCGUUAGCAACAAGAGUAUAUGAGAAGCUCCGUUUUGACCGUGUUCGACAGUCGCAACUUUCGGGAGAGGACUUGCGGAAUCGAUGGCACAACGCCCUCAAACUUCUAAGGGACGGAGAACAGCUCGAUCCUGACGACAUCAAGAUUAAGAAUCGGUGGCUGUACCCCUUCGAUGCCGAAGCAGAUACCCGAGAUCCAUGGGAUGAAAUGAGUGCAAAGGUGAAAAAGGAGCUGGAAACUGGCCAUGUUACACCACUCUUUGGAGAUGACGGUCCCCCGAGAGUUCUCACAGUGCGCGAUGCUUACGGAAAGGUCAAGUCUAAUGUGACGGAGUAUUCCAUUCUACCCAGCCUGACUGUGUAGCGUGGAUCUGGAAUGGUGCUUACAGAGACUCUAACGCAGUGAUUCCUUAUAUGGUUACUCGGUAUAUCCUCUAGUGGUUUAUGUGUUAUCCUCACUGGGUUCUACUACAUUCGUUGUUCUGCCCUCAGUUACCUCAUUCUGAAGCAGAGAGGUUUUCUUAGUCUUCUGACAUUUUCGAGCACUAGGUUAAGGGAAUCUUUUAUAGUUGCAAAACCUUCUCCCGAACUGCUAGUGAAGAAAUCCUAGCGUAUUGACAUUGUACAUUUCAAUCUUGGGGCAGACCCUCCCCCGCGUCCACAAUGUAAUACAAUUUGAUACUUUCCAGCAACUCAUGUAACAGGACCCAGUAUAGUGUCUCUUUAAUAUGUGUUUGCGCCCUGAGA